UCGGUGAAGGUGAGGAGCGGAGCCGCCACCACAGCUUAGUGGUGCGCUCUGAAAUGGCCGCUGCCUUGAGUUGUCUAAAAUGGCGGCUGCGGGAUUAGCUGGGGACCGCGGCGCUGCUCUGCAGCUCAACGGCAACGAAGACCUUUUCUCCGUCGCUGAUGGAGAUGAAGUAGAAAGAUAACGUUGGGUGCGAGACGCUUUCCUGUGUUUUUUAGCGGAGGCGACCGCCCGCGGAAGAAGAAGUCCGAGGCGAGGGUGGGCUCCGACAGGACGCUGUCCCCAGAUGUGGCGGUCCGCGGGGCACUGCGCACCAGGGACAAGGAGGAGUUGAGGCAUAGCUGACCCGGGCUGCUUAUCGGGAUGACCAUUUAAAAAGGCGUUUAGGUGCUGGCCUUAAAAAGGGCUUUAGGUCCGUAACUACCUGCUGCGUAGUUAUUAGUUCCUGGACUGUAUUUCUACCCGACCCUUCAAAGCUGGAAGGAACCGCCUUAGAGUGAGGGUGAAAAAAUUGUUACCUGUCAGUUUUACCGCAAGGAGAGACAAAAGAUGAGGGUUCCCCCCUCCCCAUACCUCUUUCAGAGAUUAGAAUGGAAACUUUACUCCCAAGGGAACCCAGACUCUUUGUUCUCGAGAGAUUCGGGGGAAACACCUUCUGAAGAGGUGGGGAUGAGGCCCUCCUUCCUGAAAACAAGGCUUCCUUCUUGGCUGUGUCCUCUGGCAGCAAGGGAGAGGGCGCCUAAUCUUUUUGAUGAACCAGUAACUCCACGAAGUUUUCUGUUGCACUAGCCAAAUCCAAAUCGGGAUGUGGAGAGACAGUCUGCUCUUUUGCUCCUAAUAAUGGGGAAGUCAGAGUAUAUGUUGCUGCCAAGUUUAGACCCUUGACUUUCUGGCAGUUGUAACCCAUUGUUAAUCCAUUUCUUUCUGCACUGCCCAACUUUUGGUACUAGUUGUUUUUAGUACUUGGGGAAUUAAAAGAGUAGACAGGAAAACACAAGUAAUAGCUAGGCAUGGGCUCUGCAAACUUUUUGGGUUCUGUUCUUGGUUCUUCAUUUACAAGCUAUGUUAAUUUAGCAGGUGACUUCACCUCACUGUGUUUGUUGGGUUCAUAUCUAAAGUGGGGUUAUUAACAGUCCCUGAUACUCACAUUUGUUUUGAAGAUUAAAUAAUCUAUGUGCGUUACUUAGCACAGUUACUGGCACGUAGUAAACAAUGUUCACUAAGUAAACAUUAGUAAUCUUAGGAGAUUGGUUACUGAGAGGACAAAAUAGUUAUAGCCAAAAUGUGUAUUUCAUGUAACAGUUCCAUGUUGAUUCAAUUCUAUUUUAAAUUACUUUCAGUGCUUAGUUUUACAGACAUUAAGAUGUGACUGUAUUUUAAAAAAUUCAGUUUAGUUUUUGAAAGUUUUUUAAAAAUAUAUUUCUAUGAAAUUGAUUGGGAAUGCAUCUCAAAACAGUGAAAUUGAUAGAGUAUUAAAAAGGGUGAAAAUAUUAGCAUCUUUUCUAUGUUAGGCAUCUUCUAUUUCAGUCCAAUGCCUGCAUUGCAGUGAAAAAUCAGUUGCACUGCCUGAAUCUAAAAUAUAAUGAAUGGUCAUCUUAGAGGUUUGUGGUUAGUUCUGCUUGUUAGCUCAGUGUCUAAUUUUAAUGCUUUCUCUCAUUCUAGGCUUUUGGUUACUCCCCUUCCCACCCCAUCCCUUAAUUUUAUUCUUUUGAAGAGUCUGCAUUUCAAGCUGCCAAGGUGGAGAAUGUGAUUGCAGAAGAGUGUGCUUCUCAUUUAAGAAAAGGUGUGCCAUACCUGAGAGUACCAGGAAGUCGCAUGAGAGAUCACCUGAUUCAUGAACAUAAGAUGUUCCAUCUGCGCAUUGAUGCAUAAGCAGCAUUUACAAAUUAACUGAUGUGUUGCUGUAUAUCAUCUCUUUGAUGAUUGCUCGUCUUUUAUGUAUCCUGUCUUAUAAUUUCAACACAUAUGAGAUACUCAAUGUUUAUUCUAAAUUAACCAUGUUUUGUACCACAAACUCAUUGCCCACGGAUCUGUUGCUGAAAGAAGGAAGUCUUAAACAAGAGGUAGAAUCUUUUUGUUACCAAAUUGUGUCUGAAUCAAAUGAUCAAAAGGUUGGAAUAUUACAAAGUGAAGAUGAACAGUUGCAGCCUUCAGUUUCUAAAAAGUCAGAAAGUGAGCUUCCCAGGGUCAAAUUUAUGUCUAAUUCCAAUAAAAUAACAUUUAGUAAGAAACCAAAAAGAAGAAAAUAUGAUGAAAGUUAUUUGUCUUUUGGAUUUACUUACUUUGGAAAUAGAGAUGCACCUCAUGCUCAGUGUGUGUUAUGUAAGAAAAUUUUAUCAAAUAGCUCUUUAGCCCCUAGUAAGCUUCGAAGACAUUUGGAAACUAAACAUGCUGCAUAUAAAGACAAAGACAUAAGCUUUUUCAAGCAACAUCUUGAUUCACCUGAAAAUAGUAAACCCGCAGCACCUAAAAUCGUCAAUACAGAUAAUGAAAGUGCUACAGAGGCAUCAUACAACGUAAGUUACCAUAUAGCACUGAGUGGAGAGGCUCAUACUAUUGGAGAAUUGCUUAUCAAGCCAUGUGCAAAAGAUGUAGUGAUGCGGAUGUUUGAUGAACAAUAUAGUAAAAAAAUAGAUGCAGUACAGCUAUCAAACAGUACUGUUGCACGUCGAAUUAAGGAUCUAGCUGCUGACAUCGAAGAAGAGCUUGUUUGCAGACUGAAAAUUUGUGAUGGGUUUUCACUGCAGUUAGAUGAAUCAGCUGAUGUUUCAGGACUGGCUGUGCUACUUGUGUUUGUUCGUUACAGGUUUAAUAGGUCUAUUGAGGAAGACCUACUCUUAUGUGAAUCUUUGCAAAGUAAUGCUACUGGUGCGGAAAUAUUCAACUGCAUCAACAGUUUUAUGCAGAAACAUGAAAUCGAGUGGGAAAAAUGUAUUGAUGUUUGUAGUGAUGCUUCUAGGGCAAUGGAUGGAAAAAUAGCUGAGGCUGUCACCCUUAUAAAAUACGUGGCACCCGAAAGCACCAGUAGUCACUGCCUAUUAUACAGACAUGCGCUGGCAGUUAAAAUAAUGCCUACAUCUCUGAAAAAUGUGCUAGAUCAGGCAGUACAAAUCAUUAAUUAUAUUAAAGCCCGACCACAUCAAUCCAGACUACUAAAAAUUUUAUGUGAAGAAAUGGGUGCUCAGCACACAGCACUUCUUCUAAAUACAGAAGUGAGGUGGCUUUCCCGGGGUAAAGUUCUUGUAAGACUUCUUGAGCUUCGUCGUGAACUAUUGGUUUUCAUGGAUUCAGCUUUUCGACUGUCUGAUUGUUUAACAAAUUCAUCUUGGCUACUAAGACUUGCAUAUCUUGCAGAUAUUUUUACUAAAUUAAAUGAGGUUAAUUUGUCAAUGCAAGGAAAGAAUGUGACCGUUUUUACAGUAUUUGAUAAAAUGUCAUCAUUGUUAAGAAAAUUGGAAUUUUGGGCCUCAUCUGUAGAAGAAGAAAACUUUGAUUGUUUCCCUACACUCAGUGACUUUUUGACUGAAAUUAAUUCUACAGUUGAUAAAGAUAUUUGCAGUGCCAUUGUGCAGCAUCUAAGGGGCUUGCGAUCUACUCUGUUAAAAUAUUUUCCUGUUACAAAUGACAGUAAUGCUUGGGUUAGGAAUCCAUUUACAGUAACUGUCAAACCAGUCUCAUUAAUAGCACGAGACUAUGAGAGCCUGAUUGAUUUAACAUCUGAUUCUCAAGUGAAACAAAAUUUCAGUGAACUUUCACUAAAUGAUUUUUGGAGUAGCCUAAUUCAGGAGUAUCCAAGCAUUGCAAGACGUGCAGUUCGUGUUCUUCUUCCUUUUGCUACAAUGCACCUGUGUGAAACAGGAUUUUCAUAUUAUGCUGCAACAAAAACAAAAUACAGGAAAAGACUUGAUGCUGCACCUCAUAUGCGGAUCCGGCUUAGCAACAUUACACCUAAUAUUAAGCGGAUAUGUGAUAAAAAGACACAAAAACACUGUUCUCAUUAAAAUUGGGGGGUUUUGCAUGUCUCUUGAUAACCAAAUGUAAGAUGAAAAUAAAAGAUGAUUUACUUCAGUUCCAGUAUUUUGAGGUUUCUUUAAAUAAAAUGAUUCAAAUAUUUUAUACUUCUUAGAUUUAUAAGAAAGCCAGAGACUCAAAAACUUAACACAUA